UACGCUUCUUGAUCGAAGCGUCAUCUGUUCCCCUUCUGUGGCAGAUUAAAAUAAUCUCAUCAGUUUGACAGAUUUUUCUACAAUAAUGUGUGCAAUUGUCUGAUAUGUCAUUGUGAAAAUUGAAUCUUUCCCAUAAUUUUCUUUGUGGAAAUAAUUAUAAUACGAAAUGGCAGCAAGUAUUUUGAGCGAUAAUGUUCCAGUCAAAAAGAAAUGUCCUUACAUGGAAAAAUGUUACCGCAAAAAUCCGAUUCAUUUCAAUGAGAUGUCACAUCCCCAUUUGGAAAAAAUUGUAAGGCAUCAAUUGGAAGGGGAAAUACAAUUACCUGAAGAGCUUGAUUUUGAAUGCUCUGAUCGAUCACUUGUGGUAGACCAAUUGAGGAUCUUACAGAUGGUACUGAAAAAGCAGAAAAAUAAUAGUGAAAACAGUUUGUUUGUUAAUCAAUUAAGUUCUCAGUCAUGCACUACAAAUUCAACAAGUUCCACUGAAGGUAGUAGUUUAAGCGAUAAGGUAGAAAGACAUAAGCAGGCAAUGGCUCAAAUAAGAGAAAAUAAGUUGAAAGAAAUGGAUGAACAGAGCGAAGCACUCUUUAGAGCUUCUAAUAGUAAUAAAGAUCCAACUAAAAUUCAUACAAUGAAGGAUGAGCUUAAUAAACUCAAAAUAGCUGACGAAAAUCAAAGUGGUCCUUCUCAGGAAAAGAAGAGAAACAAUACAGGUUUUAAUGAUAAUGGGAGGGAGAAUAAGAAAUCAAAAUCAGUUCAUAAUAAGAACAAUGAAGAAGUUGGAGAAUGUACCCAAAGUACAAAUGAAAGCACAAAAGGAAAGUCAUUGAUUGAUAUUUUCCAUUCGUGUAGUUCUAUGAAAUCUAGAAAUGAAGUUAGAGAAAAAGCAAUUGAGAUGAUGAAAAGACAGGGUUACAAAGUAUCUGUGGUCGAGCCAGGAGGUUUUGCUCUAAAAUAUGCCCUUUCUGCCCCCUAUCAUAUAUUUUUCUCAAGAAUUCAUAAUUCAAAACCAACAUAUGAUCAACCAUUUUCUAUAACAUUUCCUGAGAUAUUGGACAGAAGCCUAGGAGAAAUAGCCUGUAGUUUACAUAUUAAUUUUAUGGUGGAUGUUGGGUGGUUGUGUCUACAAUAUUUAUUAGCUGGACAACGUACAGAUAUGUUAAUUUUAUACGGGGAUAGGGUAGAUGAGGAGAAGUUGAGCUUAAAUAUUACCAUGAUACCUAUAACAAUGCCAACAAAAUUUGGGUGCCAUCACACUAAAAUCAUGAUUCUAAAAUACAAAGACGACGGUAUACGUGUCGUCGUGUCUACCGCGAACUUGUACUCGGACGACUGGGAGAACAGAACGCAAGGAAUUUGGAUGUCGCCACACCUUCCGCCAUUGCCAAAAUCAGCAAACACUAGCGAUGGGGAAUCCCCGACAGGUUUCAAGAAGGACCUGCUGCUCUAUCUGAACAAAUACAGACUGCCGGCUUCAACCGAAUGGACGUCUGCUGUUCAAAGAGCAGACUUUUCUUCGGUAAACGUGUUCUUCUUGGCCUCUGUCCCCGGAAGACACAAGGGGACCGAAUACGAUAGCUGGGGUCAUAGAAAGUUAGGUUACGUUCUUUCGAAGCAUGCCACGCUGCCUCCAGACGCCCCAAGAUGGACGUUGGUCGCUCAGAGUUCAAGUAUCGGUAGUUUAGGUCCAAACUACGAAAGCUGGCUUCUGAAAGAAAUAACAUCCUCGAUGUCGAAGGAAUCGCCGUCAAGUUUGAAGAGUCAUCCGAACUUUCAGUUCAUUUACCCUUCCAUAAACAAUUAUAAAGAAAGUUUCGAUUGCAGAGUCGGGUCCUGCUGCUUGCCUUACAGUCUUCAGACACAUUCGAAACAAGAAUGGAUAGAAUCGUAUAUGUAUCAGUGGAAAGCCAAGAGGACGGGGAGAGACAAAGCGAUGCCUCACAUAAAAUCAUAUACAAGGUACUCGCCAGACAUGAAGAGAAUUCCUUGGUUCGUCCUCACCAGUGCCAAUUUAAGCAAGGCUGCAUGGGGUACAGUAGGCAAAGACUCCCAUUAUAUCAUGAACUACGAGGGAGGUGUAAUAUUUAUUCCAAAAUUUGUCACCGGAUCAACGACGUUUCCGGUUGAAGUGGAGGAAAACGGUGUACCUGUGUUUCCUAUUCCCUACGAUCUACCCCCAACUAAAUACGAGAAUGGUGAUAAACCUUUUGUCAUGGAAUUUUUUUAUUAAAAUCGCGCAUAAUUAUUUCGAAAAUACUCUUUAUUUUUAGAAAAAAAUAAAUUAUUACCAUGAUGUUUAAUGUA